AUGCAGAUCGAUUAUCAGUAUUAUGCAAGCAAUAUAGAAAAUAUUAUCAGCGAGGAUUUUAUUAAGAUUAGACAAGCACACCAAAUGUGCGAAAUUUUAAAGCUUGCUCACCUUUCUGCAAAACAAUUUGCAAGAAUUUUUAACAUUGUUAAAGAAUAUUUUGACCAAAACGACAUCAUUUCCAUGUUAAAAUGUUCCAAUGUUGAUUUCAAAAAAGAUAAAGAUAACUAUACUGUUAUAAAAUGCAUUUCAGAAAUUUUGGAAAUAAAACCCUUAAAAGAUAUGCUACCAAAAUUCACAGGUGAUUUCCAUGUUGAUGAUAUAUUACAUGAUUCAUCAAGAAGUCAUUCAGCUCAAUCUAGGAAUUUCGAUUCGUCACAAAUAUUUAAACAAGUAUAUCAGGAUUUGGAAAAAGCUGCAGCAGAUAAUGAUAAAAAAACUAUUGAAGAAAUUGUAAAAAACAAUAGCUGGCGAAUAACACAUGAUCAGGAAACAAAUUGCAUUCUUUAUGCUGCAUAUAAAGGAAAUCUUAAGCUUGUUACUAUGCUACAAGAAUGCGGUGCAGAUCCAUGUUCCAAGAACGAUGAAGAUAUUACAAUUCUUCAUUAUUUCUGUCACAGAGGUUCAAAAGAAGGAGAUGAAUUCGCGCUUCAAUUUAUCGACAUAAAUGCAACUACUAAAUCAUCAAAAAGAACUCCUCUUCAUAUUGCUGCCCUUGGAAACCAUGGUAGGCUUUGCACUUUCCUUUGUAAUCAAAAAUUCAUUCGAAAGAAUGUAAAAGAUUCUGAACACUUAACACCACUUGGUCUGGCAAGAAAAGAAGGAAAAACAAAUGCAAUAGUUGCGUUAAUAGAUUGUAGUUGCAUAUAA